UGUACGCGCAUGCGCAGUAGAGCGAGUGAGUGUGUGUAACGCACGACAGUACGCAUAAAGCAGCAAGGACAAUAAAUAAAGUAUACUUGUACCUGAAACUUGUGUGAUUAUUGUGAAUACCCGAAUAUUACAAGUGGCGACGAGGAAGAAGAACUUGAGUGCCAAGAAGUAAAUAAACAGAUCAUCUAAAUGGCUCAACUAGCCUCGACGCUGACAAGUCUCAAUUGUUUUGAUUGUGACGGUGACCCAGCUUCUGUAGGCACACGCUGGGAAAAAUGGAAGAGAGCACUGGAAAUAUAUCUAUUAGCUUUGAACAUAGAUAAACCAGCAAAUAAAAGAGCAACGCUCCUACACACCGGAGGACUAACUUUACAGGAUAUCUAUUAUAAUAUACCAGGAGCACACGUGGAUGAAGCAGAAGGAGUAGACGUCUACAAGGUCGCACUUAAUAAAUUAGAUGAAUAUUUUUCACCAAAACAAAGCAAGGUUUAUGAAAGACAUCUAUUUAGACUGAUAAAACAAGAAGAGAGUGAAAAAUUUGAAAAAUUCCUACUCAAAUUAAGAAACCAAGCAAACAAGUGUAAGUUUACAAACAUUGAAGAACACCUAAUAGACCAAAUAGUAGAGAAAUGCAAUUCAACGGAGUUACGGAAAAAAAUACUAUCAACAGGAGACAACAUGACACUCGACCAGAUUAUUAGUGAAGCAAACGCGUUGGAAGCAGUCAGCAGACAACUAGAAGUCUUUAAUAAAAAAGACUUAAGUCAUCAAGAACGAAAUAAUAAUGAAAUCAACAAAUUAGACUUUAAAAAGUACAAAAGUUCAAAUAAACAAGCAAAUAAUAGGAAUGCCGACGAGACUUGCUCAAGAUGCGGCAGCAACAAGCAUUCACAGUAUGACAAGAAAUGUCCAGCAAGAGAUAAAAGAUGUCUCAAAUGCAAUCUCUUUGGCCACUUCAGAGAAUAUUGCAGGACAAAACAAAAGAGAAAGAUAUUUGAAAAAAAGACAGAAACUAGACCUAACAAACAUAAGCAAGAAGACACUAAAACUGAAGAAGUAGACUAUAUUUUCCAUCUGGAUGAGGACUCGGUUAUAAAUUGUUUAGUGGGAGGAAUAAAGAUUGAAAUGCUAAUCGACUCAGGAAGCAAGUGCAAUGUUAUCACCGAUAAGACCUGGAAAUAUCUAAAGGAACACGAGGUAAAGGCUUAUCAACAAAUAAAAAAGCCAGAUAAAGUACUUCUGCCAUAUGGAAGUAAAAAACCUUUAGACAUUAUUGGAUCAUUUCAAGCAGAUAUCACCAUUAACACCAAUAAUUCCCCACGGAGAGCGACUUUCUACGUUAUUCGCAAUGGGACGCGAAACCUACUAGGGAAAAAUACCGCAAUCGAGCUAGGGGUACUGCAAAUCGGUCUUCAAAUAAACGCCAUCCAACCACUUCCGAAGUUCAAAGACGUCAAAAUUACAAUACCAAUAGACAAAACCGUCAAACCGGUAAUCCAACCAUAUAGAAGGAUACCGAUUCCUUUAGAAAAUAAAGUUAACGAAAAACUGGCAGAACUGAAGGAUUCCGACAUCAUUGAAAAGGUUCACGGACCUUCACCAUGGGUAUCGCCGAUGGUACCUGUAUUAAAAGAAAACGGCGAAGUACGUAUUUGCAUCGACAUGCGACGUGCCAAUAAAGCAAUAAUAAGAGAAAACCACCCAUUGCCUACGAUGAACGAGAUGCUACCAAACUUUAGACAAGCGAAAUAUUUCUCCCGAUUAGACAUAAAAAACGCAUUUCAUCAAGUAGAGAUAGACCCUGAUUCUCGGUACAUAACAACUUUCAGCACCAGCAAAGGGCUUUUCCGAUAUAAAAGACUAAUGUUUGGGAUAUCCUGCGCCCCAGAGAUAUUUCAAAAGGUUCUUGAAAGAAUGCUUCUAGGAUGCGAAGGCACAUCAAACUUCAUCGACGAUAUAAUUGUGUACGGACAAGAUGAACUUUCCCAUGAUAAAAGGCUGAAAAAAGUAUUGGAAGUCCUGAAGGAAAAUGACGUUCUGCUGAACGAGAGGAAGGGCAUUUAUAAAACCAAAAAGGUGGAAUUUCUAGGACAUGAAUUAUCGGAGGAAGGUAUAAAACCCCUAGGAAAAUACAUAAAAGUAAUACAAACCAGUCGAUGCCCUACAACCAUCGAAGAGCUCCAGAGUUUCCUAGGUUUGGUGAAUUUCGUAGGUAAAUGGAUACCGAACCUGGCUACCUUAACAGAACCGUUCAGGAAAUUACUACGCUUAAAAUUAAACAAAACAACAAAUAUUCAAAAAUACUGGACAUCAGAUCAAAAUAUAGCGUUCCAAGACCUAAAAGAAAGCCUAUCAAAAAUAAAAACGCUUGGUUAUUACAACCCGGACGAUAAAACGCAAGUAAUAGCAGAUGCUUCCCCAGUCGGUUUGGGAACAGUACUCAUUCAGAUCGAUUCCAAUGGCCCCAGAAUAAUAGCAUACGGGAGCAAAAGCCUUACAGACUGCGAAAAAAGAUAUUGCCAAACAGAGAAAGAAGCACUAGCUCUCGUGUGGGCAGUGGAACACUUUAAAAUAUAUCUCUUCGGGAAAGAAUUUGAACUCAUUAGUGACCACAAACCCCUGGAGAUAAUAUUUGGACAGAGAUCCAAACCAUGUGCCAGAAUAGAAAGGUGGGUUUUGAGACUACAGGCGUUUAAAUAUAAAGUCAUUUAUCAACCAGGCAAAUCCAACAUCGCGGAUCCAUUAUCAAGAUUAUGCAAGACAAACACACUAAAACCAUUUGACAACGAAAAUUAUAUAAAUCAGAUUGUCGAAUAUAGCACACCAAUCGCAGUACCGCUGAAAGAAAUCGAAGCCGCUUCUUCAAUCGACGGAGAAAUCCUAAAAGUAAAAAAUGGCGUAUAUAACAACAGCUGGGACGAAUCGGUUAGAAACUAUAAAAUUUUUCAAGCGGAGUUAUGCUUCAAUGAAGACAUUCUUUUACGAGGCAAUAAAAUAGUCAUCCCACCACCAUUACGACAAAGAGUAUUAGAAGCCGCUCAUGAAGGACACCCGGGAAUAGUUGCAAUGAAGAAUCGACUUAGAACGAAAGUAUGGUGGCCGAAAAUAGAUAAGGACGCGGAGAACAUGGUUAAAUCAUGCAAAGGGUGUACACUAGUCUCUGCCCCUAAUCCACCAAACCCCAUGAGAAGAAGGGAACUUCCGAGCAUGCCAUGGAUAGAUGUAGCAAUAGAUUUUUUGGGCCCCUUGCCCAGUAAUGAUUACUUACUAGUCAUCGUAGAUUAUUACAGUAGAUAUAAAGAGAUAAAAGUUACAAGAAAUAUAACGGCAAUAGACACGAUCAGAAUCCUGAAAGAAAUUUUCUCACGGUUGGGGUUUCCCGCGACUCUAACUUGUGACAAUGGAAACCAACUCACAAGCGAAACAUUUAAAAAAUACUGCACUGAAUGCGGGAUUAAGCUAUAUCACACCAUACCAUAUUGGCCUCAAAUGAAUGGAGAGGUAGAGAGACAAAAUAGAGAUAUACUAAAAAGACUCAAGAUUAGUCAACUAGAGAAAAAGACUGGAAGGAACAAAUAUUUACAUACUUAAUGAUGUACAAUAGCACACCUCAUCUUACAACAGGGAAAUCGCCGUCGGAAUUAUUUUAUCAAAGACAAUUUCGAGACAAAAUACCAGCUAAGAUGGACAUUGAAAAUAAAAUAAUAGACCAAGAAGUAAGAGACAAGGAUAGAGAGAUGAAAGAAAUAGGAAAAGAAUACGGAGACCGGAAGAGAAAAGCUGCAGAUAACAACUUGGAAGUAGGAGAAAAGGUAUAUGCAAGAAAUAUCAAUAAAGAGAAUAAAUUAACUUCGAACUUUAAUCCUACCACCCACACGGUAACAGAAGUAAAUGGAGGAGAUAUCAAAAUAAAAAACGACUCUACGGGUAAAGAGUUUAGAAGAAAUAUUAUGCACCUGAAAAAAGUAAAUGGAGAAUGGGAGAUAAUAAAUGAAAUACAGAUGUACUAAUUAUAAUGUACGAAUCUAUUCUAUCUUACUAUAACUUUA